AUGCAGUAUUUUAUGUGGAGUAACCAAUCGUCUUGCAAAUUACAGCACGGAUUUGGGGGUAUAGUGCUGUUAAAUCCCUCUGGAAUAGCUGGAAAAAAAGCUGUAUGCAUUGACUCUCAAAUUGCCCCAACUCCGAAAAAGUGUCUUGUUUACUCUUUCGGUAUUAAUAACGAGUGGUCGUUCGACGAGCAAAUGGAAAGUUAUGGCUGUGAAGUAUUUUCUUUCGAUCCAUCAAUGGGAAUGAGCCAUCACAAUCACAGCCCUGGUAUUCACUUCUAUAACUGGGGUCUGGGUGACCGAGACGAAUAUGACAACGUUUUUAAUUGGACUAUCCGAUCGCUUUCUUCAAUCUACAAUAGUUUGUAUGCCAUUCACGGCAACGAGAUAAUCGACUAUUUGAAAAUUGAUAUUGAGAAUUCUGAAUGGAUUGCUCUACCCGAUAUAAUUCAAACUGGAAUGCUGUCUAAAGUUCGCCAACUAGGCAUAGAAGUUCACUUAAAUAGCGAAGCUUCAAUAGAACAGUACCGAAAAUGGGCUCAAAUUUUAAGAGCAAUUGAGAAAUUGGGGAUGACACGCUUUCAUUCCGAAUACAAUCCUUGGUUUAUGGGAAAUUUUACAGAAUUUGAGUUUUGGGGGUCUUUUGGUCAUGAAAUUUCUUGGUAUAAUCGCAAUCUUUUUCACGAAGGAUCUUUUUCCUAUCAAAAUUUGAAUAUGAAAAAUACAUAA